AUGGACCGCUCCAAGCUGCGCAUCUCCAAGGCGUGCGAGGAGUGCCGCCUGCGCAAGAUCCGCUGCGACGGCGGCGAGCCGUGCCAGCGCUGCCAGUUUCGGGAUGUCGUCUGCGAGUACCGGACGAAGGCACGCAACCGGACGAAGAAGAGCGAUUUGCUGGGGGCCGGUGCGAACGCCGGCCGCGGCAGCGACGGCGGCAACCACAGCAGCCCUCGGUCCCAUCCGCGGCGUCCUGCCUCAGGGGCCGCGACGCGCCCUGCCGACACGCCGUCCUCGGCCUCGGGCGGCCGCAACAGCAGCCUGCAGAACCACAGCGUGGCAGCGACCCACCGCGCGUCGCCGUCCGUCUUUUUGCAGCUGUACUACGGCCCGUCGUCCAACUUUUCCCUCUUGAACGCCAUCUACCACCGCAUCGAAGGCCGGACCGCGGCCGAAGCGCGAAGGCGAAAGGCUGCAAAGGCCAACGGCGCGCAUGGCGAGGAGGGCGCAAAUGGCGGCGGCACACACGAGCAGGACGAGCAGGACGACGACCGCGACGACGAGGACGAGGACGACGACCACGACGAGGCCGAAACCACGCGCGAAGUCGAAGAGUUCGGCCCCGGCCUCGACCUGUUCAACAACCGGCGCCUCUACUUUGGCGACCUGACCAACGGCGCCGAGUCCUCGUUCAACCUCUGCGGCAACGGCUCCUUUACCGACGGCGCCUCCAUGUUCAUCGACCGCGCGCUCGCCGAGCGCCUUCUGGAGCGCUACCUGGCCACCUUUUGGCUCGUGCUGCCCAUCUGGACGCGCGACACCUUCCGGCAGCGCCUCGCCGGCUUCUACGACGCCACCUCCCUGCUGACCGAGGGCGACCCGGACACGGUCAUUGUCCUGCUGGCGCUCGCCCUCGGCGCCACCAUGCUCGAAGAAGAGCUGGCUGCCCAGUACCUGUACCGCAUGGCGCAGCGCUGGGCGGUCGCCCUCGACGAAAUGGUCAAUGUAUCGACGGUCCAGAUCGCCCUCAUGAUGUCGCACUAUGCGUCCGAGCGCGCCCGCCCCAACUCGUCGUUUUUGCUGGUGGGCACCGCCGUGCGCAAGGCCGUCGCGGCGGGGCUGCACAAGGGGGUGGGCGGCAGCGGCCGGGGCCACGCGGCCAAGCAGUCGCCCGAGGCGGCGCGGCAGAUGCGCGUCACAGUGUGGAGCCUCUUUUUUUGGGAGACGUGGCUGUGCUUUUCGCUGGGCCGGCCGAGCUCGUUCCCCGAGUCUGAGAUGGACGUGCCGUUCCCCACGGAGGAAAAGCUGCUGCACAACGUGGUGACGCUGGCCCGCAUCAUGUCCAAGAGCGCCGCCAGCAUCUACCGCCGCCACCACGAUUCGUUGCUGACCAUGUGGAACGCGGCCAACGACAUCCGGCGGGAGCUGCGUGCGUUUGCCGAGCAGCUGCGCGAGGACUUUAACUUUGGCGUGAUUGACGACCCGACGUCGGGCGAGGUGGGCGUGCGCCAGACGAUUGUGUCGACGUGUAAGUACUGCCCCUAG